ACGCUGGAGGCCCCGCCCACAGCGCGCAGGCCCUGCGGCACCUCCCGGCCCGGCGGAACGCGUCCCCUUUAAGGGGGCAGGCCUGGGGGGGGGUCUGGGGCCAGCGCGCGGGAGGGACGCUUGGAUGCCUCGAGGACGCAGUUCGGGCGGGGAGGGUCCCGCGGGUCCCACUGACCCACACGGGGUAGGGUCAGGGGUGGACGCUCGUCCGUACGCGGUAGCUACUGAACAUGCUUGGGCCAGAGUCCGAUGGCUGGCGCCCCACGCAGGGGGAGCGAGGCCCAGGGUACCCCGGAGAGCCCAUGGACAAGUACCAGGUUUUGUAUCAGCUGAAUCCUGGGGCCUUGGGGGUGAACCUGGUGGUGGAGGAAAUAGAAACCAAAGUCAAGCGUGUGAUAAAGCAGGUGGAAUGCAUGGAUGACCAUGAAGCCAGUCAGGCCCUGGAGGAGCUGAUGCCACUGCUGAAGCUGCGGCACGCCCACAUCUCUGUGUACCGGGAGCUGUUCAUCACGUGGAAUGGGGAGAUCUCUUCUCUGUACCUCUGCCUGGUGAUGGAGUUCAACAAGCUCAGCUUCCAGGAGGUCAUUGAGGAUAAGAGGAAGGCAAAGGAAAUCAUUGACUCUAAGAUCAAGGCAGAAGGCGUUCCUAACCACAGAAGGUUCCCAGUUGGUGACCAUGAUUCCAGAUUGUUCUGCCAGUCGGUCCCUGAAGUUCACUGGAUGCAGAAUGUGCUGGGCCAGGUGCUGGACGCGCUGGAAUACCUGCACCAUUUGGACAUCAUCCACAGGAAUCUCAAACCCUCCAACAUCAUCCUCGUCAGCAGUGACCACUGCAAACUGCAGGACCUGAGCUCCAACGUGCUAAUGACGAACAAAGCCAAAUGGAAUAUCCGUGCGGAGGAAGACCCCUUUCAUAAGUCCUGGAUGGCCCCUGAAGCCCUCAACUUCUCCUUCAGCCAGAAAUCAGACAUCUGGUCCCUGGGCUGCAUCAUUCUGGACAUGACCAGCUGCUCCUUCAUGGAUAGCACAGAAGCCAUGUAUCUGCGGAAGUCCCUCCGCCAGAGCCCGGGCAGCCUGGAGACCGUCCUGAAGACAAUGGAGGAGAAGCAGAUCCCGGAUGCAGAAACCUUCGGGAAUCUUCUGCCCGGGAUGCUCCAGAUCGACCCCUCGGAUCGAAUAACGAUAAAGGACGUGGUGCACAUCACCUUCUUGAGCGGCUCCUUCAAGUCGUCAUGCAUCUCUCUGACCCUGUACCGGGAGACGGUGCCUGCGUCCAUCACCGACAUGCUGUUAGAAGGCAACGUGGCCAGCAUUUUAGAUCCGAGGAGGGGAUGCACACACAGCAGCCAGGCCAGUGUGGUGCCCAGAGACAGGGUCCUGAGGCCCUGGUCCUCAGAAAGGUCCCUCCCCUGCCUUCCUGUCCCUGCAGAGGUCAUGCAGAACUUCUCUGGCUGGCCCGAAGUCCAGUUCAGGGCCAUGAGGAGGCUUCUGAAAAUGCCUGCAGAUCAGCUAGGUCUGCCGUGGUGCCCAGAGCUGGUGGAGGUGGUGGUCACGACCAUGCAGCUGCAUGACAGGGUCCUUGACAUCCAGCUGUGUGCCUGCUCCCUGCUGCUGCACCUCCUGGGCCAAGCGAUGGUGCACCACCCAGAAGCCAAGGCUCUCUGUAACCAAGCCAUCACCUCCGCCGUGCUGAGUGCUCUUUGGAGCUACCCCGAGGAGGAGUCACUCCUUGUCUUGGUCUACAGCCUGCUCGCCAUCACCACAACCCAGGAGUCACAGUCAGAGUCAGAGUCAGUGUCAGAGGAGCUGCAGAACGCCGGGCUGCUGGAGCACAUCCUGGAGCAUCUCAACAGCUCCCUCGAAAGCAGGGACGUCUGCGUCAGUGGCCUGGGCCUGCUCUGGGCCCUCCUGCUGGAUGGUAUCAUUGUGAACAAGGCCCCUUUGGAGAAGGUCCCGGACCUCAUCAGCCAGGUGUUGGCCACCUACCCUGCGGAUGGGGAAAUGGCGGAAGCCAGCUGCGGAGUCUUCUGGCUGCUGUCCCUACUGGGCUGCAUCAAGGAGCAGCAGUUUGAACAAGUGGUGGCGCUGCUCCUGCAAAGCAUCCGGCUGUGCCAGAACAGAGUCCUGCUGGUGAACAAUGCCUACCGGGGACUGGCCAGCCUGGUGGAAGUGUCAGAGCUGGCAGCCUUCAAGGUGGUGGUGCAGGAGGAGGGCGGCAGUGGCCUCAGCCUCGUCAAGGAGACCUACCAGCUCCACAAGGAUGACCCAGAGGUGGUAGAGAACGUGGGCAUGCUGCUGGUCCACUUGGCUUCCUACGAGGAGAUCCUGCCGGAGCUGGUGUCCAGCAGUAUGAAGGCCCUGGUCCAGGAGAUCAAGGAGCGCUUCACCUCCAGCCUGGUGAGUGACAGCAGCGCCUUCAGCAAACCAGGCCUCCCUCCAGGUGGAAGCCCCCAGCCGGGGUGCACUGCGUCCGGGGGCCUGGAACAGAUGAUUGCAUGGAACUGACCUUGAUCUCCACAUGUAUGGUUUUCAAGACUGCUCUCCCGCCUGCCCAUUAUCCUGUCUCUAUGACUGGGCCAAAAUCAAUCUUCAACAGGAGGGGUCAUCAGACCUCUCCAGAGUUUCCUAUCCAUGACUACUGGAUUGAGUCACAUGAGUAACUGCUCCUGGACCCGGGAACUGUCCAUGAAAACUGACCCGCCUGCUUCCUCCUUCCAGGAGCUGGUUUCUUAUGCAGAAAAAGUGCUCCUGAGGCUGGAGGCGGCCACUUCUCCCAGCCCCCCGGGCAGAGAAGCAGCUCAGCCCUGAUGCUGGGGAGAAGACAGACACCCCACAGGUUCCUCCUCCACGUGUGCCCUCUCCCUGCCCUUCCUUUCCAUGGGUCACUGUUUCCCUUGGGGCGGGGGGGAAGGGUCGUCUGGGACCAGAAGGUACACCUCACACUCCUCUUAGGUGACUAAUAAAGAGGCCCAAGGCCA